GGUCGAACCCUGUGCACCCCGCUCCUACUGCUGUAGGUCUUGGAGUGGAACAGAAUGGUUUUUAACCCUUCCGCUUCCAGAGAUAGUUACCAUAACUCCCAGAUAUCCGCCUUUUGGGAAGGAGCGAGCCCGGGAGGGCUCGACACGCACCCAGGGUGACGACCUCGGAUGAUUGGCUGGCAAACUGAGGCCCACGGAGGGAAGUGACCUGUUCGAUGGCCCACAGGAAAAUAGACGCUGAAUCCGUCUAGAACCCCGGCCUUUCAGGCCAUGUUCUCGCUUCUACACCCAGAGGGUCCCCUUAGGAAACUCCCGACCGUGUGUCCUCUGAGCCCGGAAUCUCCCCGGAGUUUGCGCACAGUUUGGCAUCCUGUAAACUUCUUCCGCGGCUCCGCACCAGCUUCACGGGGCCAGGAGAGAGGGCUCCGGCCGCUGGAGCCCGAGCGGACAGCCGAGAAGCAUCCUUCGCCCGCUUCGGCCGCGCCACCGCCCAUGCUACAGCUAGUCCGGGGCGGCGACCCCGCGGCCGGAGCCAGCCGCUUGUUGACCUCAGACUGGCCCUUGCUCGCCGCCCGGGGCGACCCCGCUGAGCCCCGGGCCCCAGAGAGGGACCCGCGCCCCGCGAUGGCUCGGCUGACGCAGCGCCGCGCUGGGUGCCGGCUUUCUGCCCGCUGAGACGCGCCCGGCAGGGGACCGGCGGAGCCUAGGCUUCCCACGCCGCACCCUUCCCCCUUCUGGGGGCUCUGCUGCAGCUUCCGGGCAGCGAGGGGCCAGGGGGCAGAGACAAAGCCCACUUUGUGCGGGGAGUUGGCUGCGGGCGUGGAAUGUGCGCGUCGGCGCGUGCCCCCUCCCCGCACCCAGCCAGCUGCGAGUCCUGGCUUCGGGACUGGCCGCGGUGAAGAAAUCGCGUCCCCUCGCUGCCCCGGGUCUGGGUGGUCCAGACUCAGAGCUGAUGCAGCCUGAAGCCCCCUCGGUACUCCCUCCCCUCCUAAGCGCGCAGGUGUGAGCGUGCGGUAUUUUGUGGAGGAAUUGGUUCUCUCCAAAACUAGGACCUGGGCCUCCCAGAGUAGGCACCCGUGCCUUGACCCUCUCUGUGGCCUCGGUUCUGAGCUGUCUGGCCUCAGUUGCACCCGCCCACCGCACCCCACCCCGACUUUUCUCCUCUUUGCAAACCCAGACUGAUUGCUGCCCGUUAUUGUUCUCGCUGUCAAAUGGGGGUGCUUUCUGAAGGCUGCCAAGUUGGAGUGUGUUCUCUUUAUCUUGUUUUUCAAACGAUGCAAGGCCUCCAAGGCUGACCCCAGACCACCAACCCACUCUGUCUCUCCACUUCCCAUUGAGGCACUGAUUUUUUUCUUACCGAAUAGUAUUUUAUUGUACCGGAGCCACGCCCUGGUUUCUUAAAGGCGCCUUGCACUCUGUUUGGCCAUGUGUUAUCUCUGCAGCCGGUGUGUGGGAGGCCUCCUGUGAGCCACCUAUUUUUUUUCCUGCCUCCCCAUACUUCCUUCUGCCUCCCGUCAAAGAUUCGGGGAUGCCAGGAGGGAAGAAGGUGGUUGGGGGCGCUGCUGCCCCCACUACUGCCGCUGCAGCCUCCUCUGGGGUCAGGCAUUUGGAGACCAACGAAGGAGCUUCAGCCCAGAGAGAUGAGGAGCCAGAGGAGGAAGGGGAAGAGGACCUGCGAGAUGGAGGUGUCCCCUUCUUUGUUAACCGAGGUGGGCUGCCUGUGGACGAGGCCACCUGGGAAAGGAUGUGGAAGCAUGUGGCCAAGAUCCACCCCGAUGGAGAAAAGGUGGCCCAGCGGAUCCGUGGAGCCACGGACCUGCCCAAGAUUCCCAUACCGACUGUGCCUACGUUCCAGCCCUCCACACCCAUCCCUGAGCGCCUGGAAGCCGUGCAGCGCUACAUCAGGGAGCUGCAAUACAAUCACACAGGGACCCAGUUCUUUGAAAUUAAGAAGAGCAGGCCCCUCACAGGGCUGAUGGACCUGGCCAAGGAAAUGACCAAAGAGGCUCUGCCAAUCAAAUGCCUGGAAGCUGUGAUCUUGGGAAUUUACCUCACCAACAGCAUGCCAACCCUGGAACGCUUCCCCAUCAGCUUCAAGACCCACUUCUCAGGGAACUACUUCCGCCACAUUGUGCUGGGGGUGAACUUCGGGGGCCGCUACGGGGCGCUGGGCAUGAGCAGGCGCGAGGACCUGAUGUACAAGCCGCCAGCCUUCCGCACGCUCAGCGAGCUGGUGCUGGACUACGAGGCCGCCUACGGCCGCUGCUGGCACGUGCUGAAGAAGGUGAAGCUGGGCCAGUGCGUGUCCCACGACCCGCACAGCGUGGAGCAGAUCGAGUGGAAGCACUCUGUCCUGGAUGUGGACAAGCUGGGCCGCGAGGACUUACGCAAGGAGCUGGAGCGGCACGCCCGCGACAUGCGGCUCAAGAUCGGCAAAGGGACUGGCCCUCCCUCCCCAACCAAGGACCGGAAGAAGGAUGUGUCCUCCCCACAGCGGGGCCAGUCUAGCCCCCACCGCAGGAACAGCCGCAGCGAAAGGCGGCCUUCAGGUGAGAAGAAGCCUUCCGAGCCCAAAGCCAUGCCAGACCUCAAUGGGUACCAGAUCCGGGUGUGAGACGGUGGCAGCACCCCAGCCUCACCCACUUCUUGGGGCCAGGAUCACCUGCCAGAACCAGCCUGGCCCGUGAACGAUGGGCUGGUGACGGGGCCAGUGCCGGGGCUGGUGGGAGGCUGCAGGAAGAGUGUGCUCCAGCUCAGGUACUCGAGCGGCUGCCCCUCCCACUGGGCCAAGCCUCAUCGCUUUGGAUCGAGAAGCAGUUAGUAUUUUAUUUAGAGUUUUUAACUUGACAACUAAAGUUUACGGUUUUUGGAGAAAACUAAAAAUGGAAUAGAUCUGCCAAUGUCUGGCAGGCCAGUGCUUAGGAGAUCUCACUGCCUCAGGGCUGGGCGAGGAGGGCCGUUGGCUCCCAGGGUCCCCCUGCCCCUGGCGACUGUCUGGGAUUUGGGCCUAUCCCUGUGCGGGAGCUCUCCCGGCCCGCUGCGUGGUGGGACGCCCUAUGUGGGGUGGCACAGGUGACGCCUCCCCCGAGUGUGGAAGGCCGUGGCCCAGGAGCCCCGUGGACAGAUGGCACCGCUGUGUAGACACUGCCUACUGGCACACCCCGUGCUGGGCGCUGUGGGAGUGCCCAGGAGAGAAGCACAGCGGGCAGAGUUCCAGGCCCCCAGCCCCUUUUGCUCAGGUCAGCUAUACCUGCUGCUGAACCUGGAGAUCCCUGCAGAGGCGCUACGCUUUGCUGAGGGCUCUGCCUUGCAAUGGGCUCAGUGUGAUUGUGGGGACUGAGCAAAGCAGGUGGCUCCAGGAACGGUGGCCAGAGACAGGGUGGUGUGCUCCUGGGUCUGUCCCCAGGGGGUGGGCCCUGCCUCCCUGCUUUCUAUUGCCUCAGCCCUUGCUGGGUGAAUGACAACCAGAUCGGAAUGCUUUUGGCCUGGGCCCAGCUCCCCUCAGUUAGCAGCCCGUUUAGGUUUGGGCGUCCCAGUGACCAUCAGGCCUGUUGUCAGGGACGGACCUGAACAGCCAGCGUCUGUACAGCCUUCCUGUCUGGCAUGAGGGAACUGGCAGGCAGGGGAGAGGCUGUGGAAAGUGCUUGAAGGGGGAAUGAGGAGGAGUAGGCGGAGGGGACAGUGCGGCCCCCGAGGAGGGUCGGAGCCUGAGAGCUGGGAGGGGUAAGUGAUGAAAGGAUGUGGGGGAUUUCGGAGUUGGCUGCCUUGGAAAGUGGUGAGUUCCUGUUGCUGGAGGUAUUCAAGCAACUACUAGAUGGCUACUUGUCAGGAAGCUGUUGAGAGGACUCGGGUUGUGGAAGGGUAGCUGGAUGGUUCCUUUUUACUGAGAGGCUAUGAUUCAGCCAGGGGCAGCCAUCAGUAAGGCUGCAGAGGGGCUGGGAGCCUGGGAAGGGGAAGAUCAGAACUACAGUUAGAAACUCAAAUGCCUUACAGGGCCAGGCAGGUGAUCAAAAGGAGGACUGCAGGGCUGGGUGGGGACUGUGGCAAACUAAAGAGGGCGUUAACCUCAUUAAAGCAGCGGCUGCUGCUCAGUUUUUCUCAGAGUGCAGGCCCUGCAUUGCCAGAUUUUCUGAUUUUUUAGAGGCCAGAACUCUGAAUUUUUAUGAGAUAAUCCUGAUUUUUGAAUGUCGGCAAUCAGUUCAGGAAAUUUGAAAAAUGGGAAAGAACAUGUGGGUCUGUAAUCUGUGCCGUAGAGAGAGAGUUGUGCUGGGGAAUAAGUAUGAAAGUUCCAGGCUUGCCAGGGCUGCUGGGCCAGGGCAGGGCCUUGCUGUUGAGGCUCCCGCGUCCAUUCAUGUCACUCCCUGCAGACCAGAGACACACCAGAGACCUCACGGCUGCCCUGUCACCAGAGCAGGUAGAGUGGAGAGAAUGCACCUCUCGGUCUGCCCAGGGCAUGGACGGUGCCCUGGAAGCAAGGAGAGGAGGGAGGGACACAGAUUUCCUUUGCUGAUGUGAAUGCCGUCAGGGAAGGCACCAGGGGCCAGCAGCUCUGCAAACCAGCAGCUGCUAGCCCUGAGCCCGGCUCAGCCAGGGGGCCAGCUGGCCAGUCCCUUGGGUUCUUCAUGGAUCCCCAGAGAGGUAUUUAACCUGCCCCCUUGGGCUGCACUGCAGCCAUUGUGACCACUGACCCACCAUCCAUCCCAGUUUUGCCAUCAGGGAGUGGGGUGGCAGUCCCAGUAUUGCCACGUUCAUCUGAGGCAGACGUGGCUCACUUUGGGGAGGCAUGAGGCCAACAAGAGGCUGCUCCUGGGCCUGUGUCCGAGUGCCUGUGCAGGCCGCUCAUCAGAGGACGUGGCCCUGGGGGCCCCGUUGGACCACAGGGCCUGAGGGCAGGGGAGGUAGGAGGGAGCUGGGAGCUUGGGUGAGGGGCACCCGGGGAGCUACUCCUGGCACAGGAGCCUAGAAGGAUGCUCCGACCUGCAGCCUCUGGGGAGCAGGGGGCUGACCAGCCCCUGCUGGUAACCCCUGAGCACUCCCCCUUUCCGGCUGAGACCACCAUAGGAUACAGUGGUGCUUUUUAAUUUAGUUUAACUGUUUCUCAUAUGUAGCAACCCCGCUGCCCCUCCGGGCGUGUUUACACAGGCUCUGCUCCCUGGGGGCAGCCUGGCUGCAGAGUUCUGGGGAGGCAGAGGCAGGGACUUCGGGGCCUUAGUCACCGUCCUCAGUGUCACCUCAUCGCACUUCCUGUGAGGAGCAAGGAGCCUGGCUCCUCCUCCUGACUCAGGACUGCCUUUUGGCCCUCAGCCUGGGCUCCGCUGCCCCCCAGAGAGCGGGCGGCUGGCUGAGGGGGGGGGUCGAGGUGAGGUCGGAGAAAGCUGCCAGAUGAAGGUGGAUGGAUCGGGUGGGGCUGGGCGAUUGCUCCCCAGAGCCGGGCUCCUUGUGCUUCGUGCGAGGAAACUGGGCUGAGAUAGCCAACCCCCACCCACCUCACUGACAGUCCUCUCCCUCCCCUGGCCUCAACAGUCACCUUCACCCAUCCCACCAGCCACCCCACCCUUCCUGGACCUGGUCAAAUGAGGAGAGGGGUAGCCCCUGGGUCUGACGGGGAAGCCUGGGGCCAGGGUUCUGAGGAGCAGAGCCCAGAGGGCCGUGUCUGGCUCCAGCCCUGCCAUCUCGCACCCCACACCUUCCAGCUGGGGCUUGACUUCCCGUCUCUGGGUCUCUGGGAUGGGUCUGAUUCCGGCCAGCAGCCCAGACAGGAGGCCCAGGCACGGCCUGUGUGCGCGCGCUGGCCUCCUGUCUGGGCGACUGUCAGGCUUCGCUGCAGGAGCAUCCCCCACCCCGCCCCCCAGGCCCACCUCUAGCCUCGGAGCACAGGGCGGUGAGAGCUGGGUCCCUGCCGACUGCAGUCUGUGUCAGAGCUGCCCCACGGUGACAUUCCACUUCCCUCCUUCCCUUCCCAGGGAGAAGCCCGAGGGAAGCGCAGGGAGGUCCUCCAGAUGAGUGGGGGGUGGGCAGUGGGUGCGGGGAGGUCCACCCCAGGCCAGGCAGGGCUGCGGCAGUGCCCGGCAGUGUCAACCCCUUGCUCCGUCUCCGUGCUCCGACUCCCAGGUUUCCCUUUUUCUUCAAAUCUGACAAUAGAAGAGACGGGGUGUGCUUGGCCCCAGGCCUGGCGAUGGUGGCUGCCCCGCUCCUGGAGUUUGUGCUGGGCUGCGUGUUCUACUAGAUUUUGUUCUUCCUCUUUUCAUACAGUAUUGCGCCCCCACUUCCACUUUUACACUUCGUCUCAUUCCUGUUCUCACCCCACCCCCCUGCCAAAAUGAAUAAAGUCUCCCCAGCUCUGGUUGUAUGGGCUGGGCGGAAACCAUGA